AGGAACCAAGGUGCCAUGCAGCCCCGGGCCCUCCUCGUUGCCGCCAUCCUGGUGCUCCUGGCCUCCGCUCGAGCUGAGGAGACCAGGGAGGACUCCCUUCUGGGCGUCAUGCACGGCUACGUGCAGCAGGCCAGCAAGACAGCCCAGGACGCGCUGACCACUGUGCAGUCCAACAUGGCCGAGCAGGCCAGGGGCUGGAUGACAGAUGGCCUCAGCUCUCUGAAAGACUACUGGAGCAGCCUCACGGACAAGUUCUCCGGGCUCUGGGAUUCGGCCCCAGAGGCCACACCAGCUCCGGACUUUUAG